UUCUUAUAUAAAAACCUCAAGGCUGACCAAAUAAUCUACAGACAAGAUGAGUCUCAGUGCAAAGGACAAGGACGUGGUCAGAGCCUUCUGGGCUACAGUGAGUGGCAGCUCGGAAAGCAUCGGCGCCGAAGCUGUAUGCAGGAUGCUGACGGUGUACCCGCAGACCAAGACUUACUUUUCUCACUGGAAGGACCUGAGCCCGACCUCUGCCUCUGCCAGGAAUCACGGAAUUAUUGUGAUGAAUGGGAUUGGAGAUGCUGUGACCAAAAUCGACAACCUGGUUGGGGGUUUUCUGACCCUCAGUGAGCUGCAUGCCUUCACUCUGCGAGUGGACCCUGCCAACUUCAAGCUCCUCGCCCACUGCAUCCUUGUGGCCAUGGCCUUGGCGUACCCCGACGAAUUCACCCCUGAGGUCCAUGUGUCCAUGGACAAGUUCCUGGCUGCCGUGGCCCGUGCCCUGUCUGAGAAAUACCGAUAAACGGCAUGCAGAAGCAGAGGGCUUGCACUGCAGCACUGGUUUAGAUGCUUUUAUCAGUCUGAAUGUGAAUAAAAGAUAAAAUGCAAUCAAA